CAGCGUCGCCAUCUGCUUUCUCGUCCUUCUCCAAUCUCCGUGUUGUUGUUCCCGGUGACGCGGCGGAGGUGUAGCCUGACGCGGGCUCUUACGUGUCGGCCAGAAUAAAAGUGGAGCACCGGAGGCCCGGGAGUGACGAAAGGAGACUGUAUCGCUCAGCCAAUGAAGAUGGAGUCAGCAGCAGAGGUUCAGCAGGGGGCAGAGACUGCUGUGACUGAGGCGGAGAACCAGCAGAUCACCCCAGCACAGAUCGCUACUUUGGCGCAGGUAUCCAUGGCAACAGGACAUGCCUCAGCAACAGGCCCCACGGUAACGCUGGUACAGCUUCCCAACGGACAGACGGUUCAGGUCCAUGGUGUGAUCCAGGCUGCACAGCCAUCUGUAAUCCAGUCCCCACAGGUCCAAGCUGUACAGAUCUCCACUAUAGCAGAAAGUGAGGAUUCACAGGAGUCAGUCGACAGCGUGACUGACUCUCAGAAGCGCAGAGAGAUUCUGUCACGGCGUCCCUCAUACAGGAAAAUUCUGAAUGACCUUUCAUCCGAUGCACCUGCUGUCCCUCGUAUCGAGGAAGAAAAGGCUGAGGAGGACUCAUCCGCUGCUGCCGUCACACCCGCAAUCACCACUGUUACUGUCCCUACACCCAUCUACCAGACCAGCAGCGGCCAAUACAUUGCAAUCACACAGGGUGGAGCCAUUCAGCUGGCCAAUAAUGGUACAGAUGGAGUCCAGGGCCUUCAGACUCUGACAAUGACCAAUGCUGCUGCAGCAGCAGCCCAGCCUGGUGCCACCAUACUGCAGUAUGCACAGACCAGCGACGGCCAGCAGAUACUUGUUCCUAGUAACCAAGUGGUGGUCCAAGCUGCCUCAGGUGAUGUCCAAGCUUAUCAGAUCCGAGCAGCCCCUGCCAGCACCAUUGCCCCCGGGGUGGUCAUGGCUUCAUCCCCUGCUCUCCCUACCCAGGGUGCCACUGAGGAGGUCACCAGAAAACGAGAGGUUCGCCUCAUGAAGAACAGAGAGGCGGCCCGUGAAUGUCGCAGGAAGAAGAAGGAGUAUGUUAAAUGUCUGGAGAACCGAGUGGCCGUCCUGGAGAACCAAAACAAGACACUAAUUGAAGAACUUAAAGCCCUUAAAGACCUUUACUGCCAUAAAUCAGAAUAGUUCCUCUUCUGAACGCCACACUGGGCCAAGUAGCAUUUCGGUACAUUUCAAAUGCUUUGACUGUUUCUGCCUAACUGGCCUUCCAGUUUGCCCUUGGCUGGCCUUUUUUUUUUUUUCCCCACCCCACAAAAUCACCAAAUACAGAAGACUGUUAGUAUAAUAAAUUUAAAAUACAAAAGUUGUGUAUCGUUCUCCAGGUCUAAUGAAGAACAUUGUAAAAGUGCUAACUGAAACUGUAUAGGGUAUUACAGUACAGUAGUUACUUAAAAGAUUACAUCGAAUAGUGUAUGACAGUGGUUAAACAUGUUGCUUUGUGUACGAGCCUGCGGUUUUUUUGUCAUAGUUUUGGCUAAUGCCCAUAUCAUAUAGCCUAAUGCUGCUUUACAGGAAGAAGAAGAAGACUUUUAUUUGUCAUUAUAUGUAAACAUAUAAUGAAAUUUGUGUUCCAGAACACCCGAAAUAGACGCUAAGGAGAAAUCAUUACAUCUACCUGUUUUGUUUGUUUUAUUUGAAGUAAAACAAAUGGUUAAACUUCCAGGCCAACUCAGAGAUGCUAAGGGUUCAUAACAGUUUACUGAGGUAUUAACUUCAUCAACAGUCAUCUCUCUUCAGAUCUCAAGUAUUUUUUUUUUCUUUUUUACUUGAAUUAUAGUUCAGUUGUUGAAAAUCAGUUUAUUUUUUUGCCUUACUGGACUCGUGUAGAGUCCAGUAUUUACUAUGUAAGCAAUAAUGCCACCUCAGGUUGGCCUGGGAGCAUCACUGUUGUUGCUCUUUGCUGGCAUUUAAUUUGUCCCUUGCUUUGGUUUAGUGUAGUAUUCAAACUGUAAGCCAAGAACUAUUUUUAAAGUCUCCUAAUAUGUGAUUUCAAGGACACUUGCUGAAUAUGUUAUGUUGCAGUGAAGCAGCUUCACAUUGAAGGUAGUAAAUCAGAUUUUAAAACAUUUACUGGCCAAAACUUUGACAAGAAGACCGAGCUUGUUUAAAAAAGUGGGGGGGGGGAGAAGCAUUGGUUGCUUUUGUUAUAGAUACAAUUAAAUAUAUAUAUUCAAAUUGUAAAGUUAUUUGAUAUUUUUCCUGCUGUAUGUUUUAUAAACUUUAUGGAAAAUAUACAACAGCCAAGACAUUACUGUAUCAGGCAGACCCAGUCAGUUGCAGUUAAAGAUUUUGAAUGAAUUGUGAAUUUCUACUUGAUCCACACCAUUAUGCUAACCACCUUGUAAAGGGGACUCUAGAGCUAAUUGGGCACAAACGAUUCAUGUUUUUCUAAGGAUUUUUAAUGAUGCUACCAACUGCCGAACAUGAAGUAAGUGGAGCUGUGUAUGUGCCAGCAGAAAGUUGAUUGCCACUGUCAUAUCGGUUAUAUAAUGAAAUCUAAUGUCACACUUUACCAUUCACUCUUUUUUUUUGUUGUUUUUUGUUUUUUUUCCUGUUUUCCAAGAAGUGACGGUUGCCAAGUCUGUUAUUAAAAUAAGCUCAUUAGCAGUCUGAGGUACGGCUUUAAAGGAAGAUUGAUUUAUUACAUUCUGGAGUCUCAUUUUUAUAGAUUUGGUCAAGAUUCCUAUUAGUUGUGGGAACAUUUUACUCACUAGCUUAAGAAUAAAUGUUAAAUGUUUAGACAUUAGGCGUGUUCAUGGUUAGGAUAAUUGCAGUGUUGUUGCACUUGCUGAUGUACGCUCUUAAUUUGGUGAGUAAAAUGCUGUCAUAACAAAAUAACAUUUUAGAGGUUUAAAGGAAGAAGGAAACUGAGGUGUUUUCCAAAGCCAACUGAAACAACCGCAACUCUCAAAGUAAUACUUUAAAGUAAGUGAUUUUCCAGUGUUUUACUAUCUUAUUUCUGUUUUCCAACGUCUAUUAAAUGGUGGUAAAAUAUGAAUUGCGACACGGUGAGAUUGCAGGGCCAUUUCUGGAUAUGUAGCAGAUUGGAUCCUUGAUGAAAUCUACAGAAGCUAGACGCUAAAGUAACAUGAGUUUAACUCCAAUAACCCGUAAAGAUGUACACUCUGUUGAAAGGAGAUCACUUUGUGGGACUUUGUGUGGUUUUUGAGAAGAUAUGUGUAUGUAUUUGUGUGUUUAUUUUUUUAUAUUACUGUACAUAGACUCUACAGCAUGUGUAGACCUCAUGUAUUUCUGUUUAUUUGAUAUGGGAAAAAAAUGUUCUUAUGGCUUGUAUGAAAAUCAACUUUGCAUAUUUGUAACAUAUAUCAGUGUAUAAUUGAAAGCAAUGUAUGUGUGUAUUCAUGUAAUCCACCGGGCCUACCACCGCCAUGGCAGCUAGUGUAUGAGAAAAGGCCUUUAAUGGAGAUGUUAUAUUUUGGAGUGCUGUUUAGGUUCAAUAGAGUUUGUAGACAAAAGCAAGUCUGUUGAGAGCAUUUGGGGUCCACAGGAUAUAUCAGCUUCAUCAUUUUGUUCAUUGGAAAAUUUUGUUAUGAUUCUUAAAUGUAUCUUUUGCCUUUAAUCAUGGAAUUUAAAAACACCGUUCCCAUUAUUCAGGAUGAUUUUCAAAAUAAAAUGUUUCAUAAAAAAGCAAUAUUAGUUUUAACAGAUUAUUGUGAGGUUUUUUUUUUUUAGCAGUAGUACAAUAUUUAAAUUCACUGUUUGUUAAAUAUUAUUUUGUUGUGAAAUAUAUUUAUUAGGGAAAUCAUCCUAAAUAAACAGAAAUUACUCCAGCAGUAACAGUUUGCUGUCUUUUAAGUCAACAAAUGAAAGCACAGUUUUUCUUUACUUUCUUGUGUCUCUGUUACUGUACCUGGACUAUAUUUAUUUUAUUACAAAGCUAUUUUUUUCUCUUUUAUCUCUUACUGACAUUGGUUCCAAUGUCAAUAAAACUGUCUAUUGUUACCUUCUUUGGUACAUGUCAGUAAAUCAGUCAACUCAAUAGUUUAUUCAUUUCAACUAGAACCUAACUGGAGUGCUCUGUAAUCAAACGUCUGAUUUUAGCGUAAAACACAUCAAUUCAUCAAAGCUUAAAGACAAAAGCAGAAAGGGAAACUUAAAAAUGUCAGAUUCUUCCUCCAGCUCACUGUAAUCAUUAUGCUCAAGUUCUAAACACACGUUCUGCCUUCAUAGUAAAGUCAUAAAAUAUUUUUUUUGCAGUGCACUCCAGGGGGAUGAAACGAGGUCGGACAAACAAGCAACCUUUAAAUGGGCUUAAAUUUGGUAUUUAGUAAUAAAUGCCUGAUCAGUGCCGGGGGUUAAACAGUGUGUGUAGGUAUUGGUAGCAGUGAGAAAUCAUAGGUACCAGUGCCGUUAUGAUGUGACUGAGAGGAAAUGCAUUCUGGGGAGAAAAUAAAAGUCUCGAGUAAUUCACACAUCCAGUGGUGCUUAUAAAAACAAAUCUAGUAAUAAUCCUUUCUGUUAAUUUGAUAUAGUGAGCGCAACUUUGUGAUGUGAUUACACGAUAUCGUUUAAACAGUAACUGUGUUUUUUCUUUUUGUUUUUUUGUGCCAGAAUAGUUUGUAACCACAAGCCUCAUUUGUGCAUGUAACAGAAUGAUGUUCAUGUGUGUAAAAGUGUGUAUAUAUAAAUAGGAUUUCUAGAACAGUAAUGACAUUUUUUCUAACUUUUAAUGUGAUGAGUUUAUAUAUUGCCACUUUUGCAAGUUAUCAGCGAUUGCUUUUGAAAAACUCACCGAAGUUUUUCUAUUUACAUUUGUCAUG